AUGUUCCGCACCGCCGCUCCGUCCAGUCUGCGCUCCGUAGCUCGCUCUUCCCUUUCCCAUGCUCCCGCAGCCAGAAGUUCGAUCGGGAAGCGGUUCGCCAGCACAUCGCCAGCGAAUGCGCGACGGAGUUGGAAGGGCUCGGCGUUGAGAUGGGGUAUUGCCAUUGCGGGCAUCUACUAUUAUAACACGAGCCCGGUCUUUGCGGAGCAGCCACAACAUAAUCUAUUAAAUCCUAACCUCGACGCACUUGACGACGAACAGAGGGACCAUUCGACCUUGGAAGCCCUCACCUCACGCCACGCCAGGGAAGCCGAGAAAAACGCCUCGGUCCUGCAUUCCGCCGCCGACUCGAUAUCCUCCGAAAAUGCCUCGACAACUAUCGUUGCAGACCACGGGCCUCUCACCACCGGCACUGCCGAGGGGCUAGAAGAAGAGGCAGCCGGCGAAGGGGCCUUCAAUCCCGAGACAGGAGAGAUCAACUGGGACUGCCCCUGUCUAGGCGGCAUGGCGCAUGGGCCCUGCGGGCCGGAAUUCCGUGAAGCGUUUUCGUGUUUCGUGUAUUCAAAGGAAGAGCCCAAGGGCAUGGACUGUAUAGACAAGUUCCAGAAUAUGCAGCAGUGUUUCCAGAGGUACCCGGAAGUCUACAAGGGCGAACUGGAGGACGAUGAAGAGUUGGACGCUGGGCUGGAGGCGGAGAAGCAGGAGUUGGUCAACGAGAUCGCCGAGAGGAAGAAGCAACAAGAACAAGGGGCCGCCGCGACGCAACGCAGGUUACUUGAGGAGCCGGAUCCAGCGCCUAGGCCCGCACGAACGAACAAGGCGACGACCUCUCCUCAACCGCAUGAGCAAUCACCGCCGCCGCCGCCGCCGCAAACUUCACCACAGGGAAAAUCCGAGCCGCAUGCCGACGAAAAGAGCGAGGCCACAACAUCCGAGAAAGCAGCACACCUCCAAAGCGACAACCCGCCCGCCUCGGAGUCAAAGGUGAAAGUGAGCGACGACCCGUCCCAUUCUUCUACGAUGUCGCCCGAGCGGGAAAAUAUCACAGAGGGCCAGAAGUCCGGGGUGACGAGAGAGCCAAAGAAGUCUUCAUCCGCCGCCACGGAGGAGACAUACAUUCCGGAAGCUAGCAUUGUGCCCAAGGCGGCGCAUGAUGCUAUCGGCAACGAGGCGGAACAUCCAGAAAAGUGA